AUGACAAAGAAAAGCAUUAUCUGGCUGCAAAGAGAACAGCAGAGAGGGCAUCGCGGAGAAAAAAAACAUUCACUGGCCAUGCCAGUGCUCACCACCGAUGCUGAGUCAGAAACAGGUAUCCCAAAAUCCCUUUCUAAUGAGCUUCUUUCAGAAACCAUGGAGGAGAUAGAACACACAUGCCCUCAGCCUCGGUUGACUCUGAUUGCACCUGCUCCAUUUGCAGAUGAAAUAAGCUGUCAGUGCCAAGCCCCACAUGAGAAACUAACCAUCACUCAGGCCCGCCUGGGAACACCAGUUGACAGACCAGUUAGAGUGUAUGCAGAUGGGAUAUUUGACCUCUUCCACUCCGGCCAUGCUAGAGCUCUUAUGCAAGCCAAAACUCUCUUCCCAAAUAGCUACUUAUUAGUAGGAGUUUGCAGUGAUGAUCUAACCCACAAGUUCAAAGGCUUCACGGUAAUGAAUGAAAACGAGCGGUAUGAGGCACUCAGACACUGUCGCUACGUAGAUGAAGUCAUCAGAGAUGCUCCAUGGACGCUCACACCGGAGUUCCUAGAAAAACAUAAGAUUGAUUUUGUAGCCCAUGAUGACAUUCCAUACUCUUCUGCUGGCUCAGAUGAUGUGUACAAGCACAUAAAGGAAGCAGGAAUGUUUGUGCCAACACAGAGAACUGAAGGUAUCUCAACAUCAGACAUCAUUACUAGAAUUGUACGAGACUAUGAUGUCUAUGCUCGACGCAACCUCCAAAGAGGAUAUACCGCCAAAGAGCUGAAUGUUAGUUUUAUAAAUGAAAAGAAAUAUCGCUUUCAGAACCAGGUAGACAAAAUGAAAGAAAAAGUGAAAAAUGUAGAGGAAAAAUCAAAAGAAUUUGUUAAUAAGGUGGAAGAGAAGAGCCAUGACCUCAUUCAGAAAUGGGAAGAGAAGUCCAGAGAGUUCAUUGGCAACUUUUUAGAGCUGUUUGGACCCGACGGAGCUUGGAAACAGAUGUUUCAGGAGCGAAGUGGCCGAAUGCUCCAGGCCUUGUCGCCGAGGCAGAGCCCAACCAGCAGCCCAACGCGCGGCCGCUCUCCAUCACCGCCCCCGCCCUGGUUGUUCAAUAAAGCCUCACCCCCUUCCUCUCCGAAAGCGGCCUCGGCCUCCAUCAGCAGCAUGAGCGAAGGAGAUGAGGAUGAGAAGUAA